AUUUGUUCGAUGAUUCACAUUGUGCGUUAUUAUCUCUCUGAGCACCCUUGUGUUGUAAAUUUCCGUUGGAGUCACAGCCAAUCAUGGGGUAACACGUGGUUCUUCCUCUUCACCUCUAUUGCAGCCUAUGUUAUCUUCUCCCUCUUCCUCCACCUUUUUCUUUGCCUCCUCUUCCGCAACCGCCGUCCUCUCCCUCUCGGUCCCAUCCCCGCCGUUCACUCCCUCUCUAUGGUCCUAAUUUCCCUCACCAUCUUCACCGGAAUACUCCUCUCCGCCGCCGCUGAAAUCCGUGAAACUCGCUGGUUCUGGCGCCGUAACAAAACCACCACUUUCCAAUGGCUCCUCUGUUUCCCUCUCGGCACGCGCCCUUCCGGACGCGUCUUCUUUUGGUCCUACAUUUUCUAUCUCUCUCGCUUCCUCCACACGCUACGUACUUUCUUCUCCAUUCUCCGGCGUCGAAGACUCUCCUUCUUUCAACUCUUCAACCACUCCAUACUCAUAUUUAUGUCCUUCUUGUGGCUAGAAUUCUCGCAAUCGUUUCAAAUACUAGCAAUACUAUUUACAACGUUUUUAUAUUCUGUUGUUUACGGUUACAGAUUCUGGACCGCGAUUGGAUUGCCAAGCGCCUGCUUCCCGUUUGUUGUAAGCUGUCGGAUUCUGUUACUGGGAUGUAACGUUGUGUGCCAUGUUGGGGUGCUUUUGCUCCAUUUCAUGAAAGGUGGGUGUAACGGAAUUGGGGCAUGGGUUUUCAAUUCAGUGCUCAAUGCUGCUAUUCUAUUUUUAUUCCUCAAUUUUUAUGUGAAGGUGCACUUGAAGAAUAGAAAUGGUGUAAAAGAUACUGAAAUUUUGGACUCUCUGAAGAAUAAGGAUAGUUGA